UAAAUUAAUUAAAAAGUUUUUUUAGCAUUAAAAGAAAUGCGAUUUUUAGUGUUUGUCUUUCUGUGCUCGCUUUUUUACGAUGGCGCUAUUGCUAGUGAUAAGGGAAAAAAAUUAAGUGUUGAAGGUUCUAGACCUUAUAUUCCAUUACGAAAACAAAGAGAAAUACAACAACAACAAGAAAAAUUAGAACAACAAUUACAACAAUUACGACCAGAAGUACGACAGCAAACGAAAAUACGACAACAACAGGAAAUGCGACAACAGCAACAAGAAAAAUUACAACAACCGCGACUAGAAAUACGACAGCAACAGGAAAUACGACAACAAAAGGAAAUACAACAACAGGAAAUACGACAAAAACAAGACAAAUUACAACAACAAUUACAACAACCCCGACCAAAAAUAAGACAGCAACAGGAAAUAGGACAACAACAGGAAACACAACAACAACCAGAAAAAUUACAACAGGAAAUACGACAACAAAAAAAAGAAAAAUUACAACAAGCACGACCAGAAACACGACAGCAACAAGGAAUACAACAACAGGAAAUACAACAACAACAGAAAAUUAGACAACAACAAGAAAAAUUACAACAACAAUUACAACAACCACGACCAGAAAUGCGACAUCAGCAGGAAAAACGACAACAACAGGAAAUACAACAACAACAGAAAAUGAAACAACAAGAAAUACAAAAAAAACAAGAACGACGACUCAAAGAACUAGAACGAAGAAUAAAAGAACUAGAACGAAAUAUACCAAGAAUAGAAAGAGAAAUUCAUGAAAAACGAGUCGAACAAGAAAACGAAAUAAUAACGAAACAAUAUAUGGACAUAAAUAAAGCUCGCAAUGUCUGCGUUAAAAAAUCGGGUAAGCAUAACAAGCCCUACCAUUGGAAGUGUAGAAACCUGAAUCAGGAACUCCAGGAACAUCAUUUCUUUAAUCGACAAGAGGCUGAGAAAUUCUGUCUACAAGGAAACGGCUGGAAAACUUGGUUAUGUGAUUGUAAAGAUCUGACAGCAGAAUGCGUGAGUGAACUCAAAUGUAAAGCAUUUGGGCCAACGGAAUUGCUACUUGUCUUCUUCGAUCGUGCAGCUCUAUCGGAAGAAUUGGGUCGUUAUAAGCAAUUGAAUCAAAAGAAUCAAUUGGAUCAGCAUAAUCCAGUAGCUUAUAAUAAACCUGCGAUUGACAAUAAUCCAGGAUCUAGCAAUAUCCAAUUAGCUCCUAAUGUUCAAGGACCACCUAAUAUUAAACAAAAUCCACAACAAUCAAGGGAAUGAUAAUAAUAAUAAUCGGCGUAAUUAUGGUCUAUUGUAAUCAUGAUAUGUAUACUAUUAUUCGUAACAGGAACAAAAAAACUUGUUUAGAAUAAAA